AUGAGUAUUUACUUAGAAAAGGUGCAAAAGAUAAUAGGCGAUUUUGAAGACGAAGACAAACAAAUACUUAUUAAACACUAUGUUCAGACAUCGAGGAAUGUUCUUCUUGAUGAAAAAGAAGUCAAAAAGUCUAAGCUUAGUCUUCUUGGUGAUCUACAUGCCAUAGGUGGAAAGGACGAGGUUAACGCUAUAGUGAAUGAUGUCCUAGAUCAUAAAAUACUUCAAAUAAGAGCUCUGAUACUUGACCUGGUGGACGAUGACUACACAAGUGAUUCUAAGGUUAUUGGAAGGCCUGAGAAAUGGAUUAAGAGAAUAAUAGAGGAUGCCGAAGAGACGUUUAGUCUCGACAGCGAGUUUGGGAAGAGAAUGUUUUCUAUAUACAAUGAAAAGCUACUCGAGGAGUUCUGCAAGAUCUUCAUAUCCGAAAAUCGCAAAUUUGGGACUGGUGGUAACCAGCUUCUUCUCAACUUCUAUUACUACGAGAGAUUUGUUCAGAGCAAGAUCGAGUUUGACUUUCAAGAUUUUUUCAGUAGAAUGACUUCCUCUUUUAAAGAUCACUGCUACAGAUCUAAGGAAGAAUUGGAGAAAAUUCUUGAUGGGAAAUAA